AGCCCGUACAGCAUACACACAGCAGACAAUUUUGCAAGAGACAAUCCAGCAAACUUCUCGAUUUAAAUGGUGGACAUUUUCGAAAAUACUUUUGUAAGGGGUCCCUCGCCCUCGUACUCGGACGAGGCGAACUCGGAAACGGCUUUGUCCGCAACACUGCCCAUCGGAGCCGGCGAUCUGAACCUGGGUCGCAUCGAUUCGAAGACGGACACUGUGAAUUUCUUCGACGAGAAACUAAAUUGCGGAUACGAUGAUGAUAGCUGCUCCCAUUUGCAGCCUGUCCGCAAAGGUCGCAGUAGUUUUGCAUUUUGGACUGCUGUCACAAUUCUCUUAUUGUUGACUAUUGGCAAUUUAAUUCUGACGCUGACAAUUAUGGGUGUGCUCCGUUUGGGCAAGGGACUGCAGGGCAUGGAGCUGAUACCUGAAGUGGAUCUAAUUAAAUUUUACGAUGAAACCGAUUUGGAUCGCAUCCAAACGAAUUUUAUUGGAAUCCAUGGCUUCUCCGAUGUGCCCGUAUCGAUUAGCAGCGAUGGCGGCGACAGUGGUGUACAUUUUCGUAUCUUCCGCAACAGUAAUAGUGGUGUCAGUGGUGCCGCCACCACCAAUGAACGCGAUCGGGUUGUGCUUAACAAGGAUGGUAUCACCAUCCAAGCCAAUCUGUUUGAAGUGAAAGAUCCGAACGAUCAUUCAACUGUUUUUUCAACGCACCGACCGCAAUACACAAUACCCGCCGGAGUGGAUGGUAUGCUACAGACCAAGGUGGCCAGUUCGAGCCGCAUAACUAGCCCAAUUGGCGCCCCCUUGAUUCUGCAGAGCGACGGUCACAUGGCUAUCAGGGGAUCAGAGGGUGUAUUUUUCGAUGGAGCUACCAUAGAGUUGCAGGUGGAGCAUCAUGUCUCGAUUAAUUCAACACAAGGCGCCACUGUAUUAGAGGCAGGCAAAGGAGUUUUCCUCGACAUGGAUCGUAUACCCAUUGUCAGCUCGGAGCUGGGUCUGCGCACUGGAAGCGUACAGUACAAGAUUUGUGUGUGCAUGCCGAAUGGGAUUCUGUUUCGCAUUGCAAUUCCACGCGUUCACAAUGGGCCCAAGAUAUCGUGCGCCCAUUUUGAUAGCCAGUUUGAUCCUUGCGAAGUCAACUAAGUGAGAGAGAUUCAAUAAAUACAAGUAUGGAUUAUAUGGUAUCCCUAUUAGAAA